AUGGAUAUCGAAAAGGUGGCAGAGGAAACCCCCCACCUCAUUUUUACUGAAACCAUAAACCCUGCUUUCGGACUGCAAGCUUUUCAGGCGCGUCAAAUUGCCUUUAAUCUAGGUCUUUCUGGGGCUGCCUUCAAGCAGAUGGUUAAAUUCGUCUUCGCUCUUUACAAAGCCUAUACUUCCUCUGACUCAUCACUUUUUGAGAUCAAUCCUGUACUCAAGACAAGCGAUGAAAAAAUCAUAGCUGUAGAUUGUAAAAUUACUUUAGACGACAAUGCCCUUUUUCGCCACAAGGAUCUUGCAGAAAUGCGUGACGUUAGAGAAGAAAAUUCUACGGAAGUAGAAGCUAAAGCCGCUGAGUUAAACUAUGUUGAUCUAGAUGGAAAUGUAGGCUGUAUGGUUAAUGGAGCUGGCUUAGCUAUGGCAACCAUGGAUCUCAUCAAAUUAUCUGGAGGAGAGCCCGCAAACUUUCUCGAUGUGGGAGGAACAGCAGACGCUAAACGUGUAGAAGAAGCCUUUCGUAUUAUUUAA